AUGACAGCGCUUGCAAAGCACGUCACAAUCCUUGACGCAAUGACCCUGGAAGAAAUCCUUGGGCCCUCGGCAAAACGCAUCGAAGCCAUCGAAAACGAAGUCUUGGCCCGAAUCUGGGUUAAGCAAGGUGGAGAAAACUUCAAUGAUCUUUGCAUGAUGCAUGGAGGUGUCGAGGAAGUUUGGAGGAUAAAGAGAGUCCUUUUGUAA